CUCACAUUUCUCCCGCCAAUUCUCCUUCAAAUGCUCCCUCCCUCUUCCUCCCCCAAUAUCCCCAAUCUCAAAAACCUUCAUCAAACCCUAAUCUCUUUACUUAACCAAUGCAAAUCAAUGACCCAACUCAAACAAAUCCACGCCCAAAUCCAAACCCUCGGCCUCUCCGACGACAAUUUCAUCGCCUCCAAGCUCCUCUUCUUCACCGCAAUCUCCGACUCCGCUUUCCUCUUCAACACCAUCAUCCGCGGCUUCUCAAGAUCCAAAACCCCCAAUCGCUCAAUCACCCUCUACACCGAAAUGCUCAAAUCCGGAAUCUCACCCGAUCACUUAACAUUCCCGUUUCUCUUAAAGUCUUGCGCCCGUCUCUCUUCGAUCCAACUUGGUAGUUUAGUUCAUUGUCACGUUGCGAAACUCGGGCUUGUGCCCGAUCGAUUCGUUAUGAACUCUCUUAUUCACAUGUAUGCUUCUUGUGGUGAAAUUGUUGAUGCACGCAAGGUGUUUGAUGAAAUUCUGCUCAGAAACUCAGUCUCUUGGAAUGCGAUGAUUGAUGGGUAUGCAAAGUCCGGGGAUUUGGCCUCUGCGAGGGAUAUGUUUGAUCGAAUGCCUGAGCGAGAUGUGGUCUCGUGGAGCGCGAUGAUCGAUGGGUAUGUUAAGGAUGGAGAUUAUAGAGAGGCGCUUGCGCUCUUUGAAUCUAUGCAAGAUUGCCCGUUGAGCCCGAAACCUAAUGCCAUCACGAUGGUGAGUGUUCUAUGUGCUUGUGCUCACUUGGGUGCGCUUGAUAAAGGGAGGAAGAUGCAUCAAUAUUUGAAGGAUAACGGUUUGAUGCUAAGCCUUCCCUUGAUUACCUCUUUGGUUGACAUGUAUGCUAAAUCCGGAUCCAUUGAAGAAGCUAUAAGGGUGUUUCGGUCAUUUCCUGCAGAAAAAACCGAUGUCCUCAUUUGGAAUGCGAUGAUUGAUGGUCUUGCAACGCACGGGAUGAGCAAAGAGGCUCUCUUGUUGUUUCGUGAGAUGGAGGCUAUGGCAAUCAAUCCUGAUGAGAUUACCUAUUUGGGCUUGUUGAGCGCUUGCGCUCACGGGGGAUUAGUUGAUGAUGCAUGGAUAUUCUUUAGAUCUCUCGAAUAUAAAGGAUUGACACCACAUAUAGAGCACUAUGCUUGUAUGGUUGAUGUAUUGGGUAGAUCAGGGCGAGUUUUGGAGGCAUUAGAGUUUGUGAGAAAGAUGCCCAUGGAGCCAAAUGGUUCGAUUCUCGGUGCAUUGUUGAGUGCUUGUAGGACUUUCGGAUGGGUAAAGUCAGGGGAGAUUAUUGGGAGGAAGCUUAUUGAGUUAGAGCCUGAACAUGAUGGGAGAUAUGUUGGAUUAUCAAAUGUUUAUGCGAUUGCGAGGCAGUGGGAAGAAGCAAAGAUGAUGAGGGAAGUUAUGGAGAGGAGAGGGGUUAAGAAGGCUCCAGGGUUUAGUGAGGUUGAGGUGGAUGGGGCUCUUCAUAGAUUCAUUGCACAUGACAAGUCUCAUGUUAAAUUUCUGGAGAUUUAUUCGGCUUUGGGUGUUAUAAGAGAUCAAAUAAAAGCGGAAACUGAUGUGAGUUCUCAAGAAAUAUGCUUUGUAUAGUUACUCUCGAAGGGUCGUGCCAUUGCACCAAAAGUCUAACGCUACGGUGAGAUUUGAGGAUUAUAUUUUUAUAUUCUAACAUAUGCUGCCACUCCCCCGUUCCCUGGUGGAUUCACACAUCAAUAGCUUUUUUCCUCUUACACCCGCUUUAAAUCAGCGGCCAGCGUGAAUUGAACUUAGAUUGUGCUCAUAUCAUGUUACUCUGCCACUGCACAAAAACUCUUGAGCUUUGGUGGAUUGGCAGAAAUCUGUGAUAGUUACAACGGAGGAUAUGACCAGAUACUUCAUGAAUGGUUUAAAUUACAUCAGCCCAUUCCCAGGUUUCAUUAUGCUGAAAGGCUGCACUCCUAGAUAUUACAUAACACUUCCAACGUUAACAGAGCGAAAAACACGAAAAAUCACUGUUGUACUGGCGAGCACUGUUGAGUAUAGAAGUACACUUUCGGCAGAGUUUCUGAGGAUGGAAGUAUCUGAUAACACUUGGUAAAUGUCAGGGGUGUUGAAGGCUACAAACAAGAGGGAGAACACUGCAGCAUUGGCUGAGAUUAAGCGACAGAGAUGGAGAGAGUCGAAUGAUGGUAAUCUAUGGCGAUUCUUCAAUAUAUGGGAACUCGAGUAUUUUUUGUAUGGUUGCAAAUAGAAAGACGAAGAUGAUGUCAAGAGACGAAUGCAUAUGAAGUUUGAGGGGUUUGUUGUUGUGUAAUAAGAAUUGGGUCUUGAGUUAGUUGAGGUGUUUUUGGAUGUGGUGUGUUUAGAUGAA